GUUCCUGCCACGACAGCGCAACUAACCGUGAAUCCCGUAAGGAGGUACAAGACAGAGUCAUUGGCACGCGUACAAUUUUUCAACAUCAACUUCCAAGAGACAAAUAGAGCAUAUGAAAUUUCGUGUAAUAGGAGAGAGUAUAUAUGACGUAGAGGAGGGAGCAAGCCCUUUAGUCUUCGUGAGUUCUAUGCACGAUGCAUCACGCACUGCACAUUUUCGUGUGUUGCAUCGUGUUGGCGUGCCUUGGGAAUGUUGCGUCAGCUGCGAAACCGCGAGUCGAUCCUGAAUCCUUGGCUGAAGUCACCAAAAAUGUGGAGACCGUACUGUCACCUACGCUCGUGGGGGAAUUACAAGGCGCUCAGUCUAAUAGACCUGCAGUAAACAUCGCACUUACUACACCCAGAGAACAGGACGGACAUGGAUCUGAAAGUGGAAAUUCGUUGGGAAAUGCAGCAGCAUCCGGAAGUGCAUCGACCGCCGAUGGGAACAAUAGGAAGCAAGGAGACAUCAAUUUUAACAAUCAAGUGCAACCGUAUCAUUACGAGCGUAGUUAUCACUACGUUUAUCCUCCUUAUUCAAAGGAAUAUUCUGGGAAUUACUAUAGUCCUCAUUUCCGACCAAAGAAUUAUGAUAAUGCAUUUAAUCAACCCGAUCUAAACGGCCCGUAUGGUCCUCCGCCUUACGAUACUAAUUUAAAUUACAAUAUUAAUUCGCAUAAUCCUGGCAGUGUUAAUUCUGGGUUCGCCGGAAGUUCCGUUGCCAAUGCAAAUUCUGAAGUCAACACGAAUUCUGACGUAGCUGCAAGUUCUGGUGCAAAUUCAAAUUCUCUUGGCAAUGCUAAUGCCGUAGCCAAUUCUAACGCCGCUGCCAAUGCGGAUGCUGCAAGCGGCAAUUUUGGUAAUUCAAAUCAUGACGGAAAUGGCGCGAUUGAAAAUUUUGAAAAAAAUUCUCAUCGGAGACCGCUACCACCAAAUGCAUUUGCCAAUCCGGAAUUAUUGGAGGGACCGCCAAGACGCGAUCGAUUUCCAAGUAUCGAUUUUGAAAGAUUCAGACAGAAAAUAUUAACUAGACAGCAUCCAGUCGAUCCUGGGAAUUACUUCGCGCCUAAUCAUCCGCAGUCUUAUUAUCGUAAUCAAUCGCCGGGAAAUAAUCCUCCCGCAAAUUAUCAAGAACAACCUUAUUUCCCGGGUCAGUCUGCGAAUUACUUGGGAUCGUUCCAAAAGAAUUAUCCACAGUCUAAUUAUAACUACCAACCAUCAGACAAUUUCAAUAAUUUGUUUAACGAUAAUUUCAGAAAAGCCUUCAAACCUUUACCUAAUUUCGGAGAUUUUUAUCCUGGUUACAAUAAUUUUCAACCACAAACACCUCCACUAGGUCCACCUCCAAAUGUGCAUUUCCCACCACCUCCACCGCCGAAUGAUCAUUAUCCGUCACCUCCUCCGCCUCCGCCUCCACCACCACCUCCAACCCCAUCUCCACCUCCAAAUUCAUCUGGUACCAAUUCACAUAAUUCUGAUCCACCAAUGCCUGCGCCGGAAUCCAGUUCGAAUCAUGAAGUCAAACUAUUUUACCCGGCUAUGAGGGAUAAUUUUGAUUAUGUAUUUCGACCACGUGGUUUCCGACACUUUAGCAUUACCACACGCAAUUAUGCAAUGUAGAUGAUAUAAUUAGGUUAUAUUAUUUAAUAUCGAAAAUAAUGGUAUUCACUGUAUACACCGAAUAAACUAAUUAAUUAAUUA